AUGUCCUGCUCCAGCCUGUGCGUCCCCACCUGUGGGGUGGCCACCCCGGCUCCUCUGGCUGACACCUGCAACGAGCCCUGUGUGAGGCAGUGCCCUGACUCCACGGUGGUCAUCCAGCCUCCUCCCUCGGUGGUCACCUUCCCCGGGCCCAUCCUCAGCUCCUUCCCGCAGCAGAGUGCCGUGGGCUCGGCAGGAGCUCCCUACGUCGGAGCCGGCUCCGGUGGCUCCUUUGGAGGCCGUGGAGGCUACGGCGGUUGGGGCUACGGAGGCUACGGAGGCUACGGAGGCUACGGAGGGGGCUAUGGUGGUUAUGGGGGCUGGGGCUAUGGAGGCCGUGGUGGCUAUGGGGGUUGGGGCUAUGGAGGCCGUGGGGGCUAUGGGGGCUGGGGUUGUGGAGGCUAUGGUGGCUACGGUGGCUACGGUGGCUACGGUGGCUACGGUGGCUACGGUGGCUGGAGCAGCGGCCACCGCUACCUCAAUGGCAACUGCGGGCCCUGCUAA